GUCCCGGAGGGAGCGCUAAAGCGAGAGGCGGCGGAGCCCCUUUUGCUGCCUUUGCUUUGCGCCUUCAGCUCGGGGGGCCGCCGGCGAGGCGCACCUUGGACGCGGUGCCCUUCAGCUUUCCCCCCCGCCGCCCUUACGCCUCCUCCGGACCAGCAUGGAAAGCACCCCGCUGGCAGCCGAGUUCAACAUCCUCCUGGCCACCGACUCCUACAAGGUGACACAUUACAAACAGUAUCCUCCCAACACAACUAAAGUUUAUUCAUACUUUGAAUGUCGUGAAAAGAAGACGGAGAACUCCAAAUUAAGGAAGGUCAAAUACGAGGAAACGGUUUUUUACGGAUUGCAGUACAUACUUAAUAAAUACUUACAAGGCAGAGUGGUAACCAAAGAGAAAAUACAGGCAGCCAAAGAAGUAUACAGGGAACAUUUUCAAGACGAUGUCUUCAAUGAAACAGGAUGGACCUAUAUUCUUGAGAAGUAUGAUGGCCGUCUUCCUAUUGAAAUAAAGGCUGUUCCCGAGGGAUUUGUCAUUCCCAGAGGAAAUGUACUUUUCACAGUUGAAAACACGGAUCCAAAUUGUUACUGGCUCACAAACUGGAUUGAGACCAUUCUUGUUCAAUCAUGGUACCCCAUCACCGUCGCUACAAACUCCAGGGAGCAGAAAAAGAUACUGGCGAAAUACUUGUUGGAAACCUCAGGCAGUUUAGAAGGACUGGAAUACAAGCUUCAUGACUUCGGUUACAGAGGCGUCUCUUCGCAAGAGACGGCCGGAAUCGGAGCGUCGGCACAUUUGGUGAACUUCAAAGGCACGGAUACGGUAGCCGGAAUUGCUUUGAUUAAGAAGUAUUAUGGCACAAAAGACCCCGUUCCGGGUUAUUCCAUUCCGGCUGCUGAACACAGUACUAUAACAGCUUGGGGGAAAGACCACGAAAAAGACGCUUUCGAACAUAUUGUGACCCAGUUCUCUUCAGUGCCUGUAUCUGUGGUCAGCGACAGUUACGACAUUUACAAUGCUUGCGAAAAAAUCUGGGGUGAGGAUUUAAGGCAUUUGAUUGAGUCGAGAAGUGCAAAAGCUCCCCUCAUUAUCCGGCCAGAUUCCGGAAACCCUCUUGACACCGUGCUGAAGGUUUUGGAAAUUUUAGGAAAGAAGUUCCCCAUUUCAGAGAAUUCAAAAGGUUAUAAAGUGUUGCCACCUUACCUCAGAAUUAUUCAAGGAGACGGUGUGGAUAUCAACACAUUGCAAGAGAUCGUGGAGGGCAUGAAAAAGCAGAAAUGGAGCAUUGAAAACAUUUCCUUCGGCUCAGGUGGAGCCCUUCUGCAGAAAUUAACCAGAGAUUUAUUGAACUGCUCGUUCAAAUGCAGUUACGUGGUUACUAAUGGCCUUGGGGUUAACGUCUUCAAAGAUCCCGUCGCCGAUCCCAACAAACGUUCAAAGAAAGGAAGGUUGUCUUUACACCGAACGCCGAACGGAGACUUCGUUACGCUAGAAGAAGGCAAAGGGGAUUUAGAAGAAUAUGGACAGGAUUUCCUUCACACGGUGUUUAAAAACGGCGUAGUAACGAAGAAGUACUCCUUCGACGAAAUCAGACAAAAUGCCAAGUUGAAGACAAAUGAAUUUUCCGCGGCGUCUCACUAAAGUUUCAUUCCAUGUUGGUAUAUGUGCAACAAUUAUGUACUGAUAUUGGUUUCUUGUAGAGAUCUGUGUGUUUGUAUUUGCCACCUCCUAGCCAAAUUAUUUGUUGGUUUAUGGACAUCAAUGCCCUAUUAUGUUUUUCCUUUUAAUUUUUGGCCAGUCUAAAAUUGACAUAUUUACAGCCGGAAACCUUGUAAUUGUAGAGCCCUUUGCUAGUCGUGAAUCAAUCCAGUCCGGAUCUCAAUGAGAACAGUGAUGAGAUGUUUUAUAAAUAAAUGAAUAUAUCUAUAUAUAUCUAUAGAUAUAGAUAUAUAUAGAUAUAUAGAUAUAUAUAGUAGCAUAUCGCAAAAGAAAAUUUACCGAAUAAUAUCAUCGCUUUAUGUUUAUAAUUAACUUGUAUUUUUGUACAAAACGGAGAUUGUGUAAAAUAUAUUUAAAAAGUUUCAAUAUUUCCGUCUUUCCAACUUUUUCGUGAUUUUUACGAGCACAGACUUUCAAGGAAAUAACCGGGGUGGGAUGGGGAAGAAAAUUCACUGCCUUCUUUUUUUUGUCCAUUGAUCAGCAAAUAAAACAUGGCCUUAAGUUUUAUCGUGAAAAAUUGUCCUGUUUGGAAGUUUUAAUCAGGAUAACUCGCUCACAACUCCGGGGGAGGGGGGGGGGAAACCCACUCUCAGUUGUUCUGUCAUUAAAAGUCCGAUUUUUUGUGUGCAUCCACCCAAUUUAUGCAACCACCGAAAUGGUCUGAUACAUGACUUCUAUAAAUGCAAAACUUUAUUUAAGGAGGAGGAGAUAAAAUAUUCACGGGAUGCCAAAUAAUGAGUAAUUUAUUGUUUUAAAAAAAUUGCCAGGUUUGUCUCUCUCUCUUCAACAGGGAAGCUGCAGUCAUGAAUUUGGUGUAAAAUCCCAUUUGAAAUUUAAUGGGAUUUAUUUUCAACUGACUAAAGCUAAGAAAUUUCCUUCCAACCCCAGACAAGGGAUGUGUGACAUUCGGUUUAGGGACAGGUGUGCAAACGGUGAUAUUAAUUCUGAUUUUCCCCCCCCAUACAUGGUUACAAAUGACAAAAUGAAAAUACUGGAUUGAAUAGUGCACUUUUUAAUUAAUAUUUUUUUGUAUUUUGGUCUUGAGUUUUGCGCGCUUUCUCUCUCUCUCUUUUAUCCUCUUUGUCAGACUGGAUGUUAAAUUGUAUAGAUGUCUUAAAUAUAUAUUUUUUUUGUUAAAUAAUUCUAAUAAAACAUGGUUCUAGCCAAAUUGUUUUUACACUGCUAGCUUUCACUAAAAAAAAAAAGAGAAUAUCA